AAGUCUUUUAGAGGAGUUCGCCGUUUCUGCACCUGGGUCAGAAAGAUAAUGCAAAAGUAAGAAAAUUGCGUUUGUGUAUUUAUAUUCAUAUAUAGGACUAAUAUGACAGCAACGACUACAACAUAAUUAACAGAUCGCUUUGUGCUAUGUAAUUUUAGUAAUUAUUUGUCUUUACACGAAAUACCAUCCUUUUAAUGUAUGGCUGUAUUAUAUGGAUGGUUUGUAUACAAUGACGGUUAUAAAGCCAAAGCUCACAAAACUCCGUAUACAAAAGAACUGUUGAGGAUCCGAGACCUGCAUUCAUUAUUUAAAAAAAUGUUUGGGGUUGGCAAUACCAAAAAAAGGAGACACGUCUGAUUUCUGAAGCCUUACGUUUUUCGCCUUUCCACGGACAAGGGUGAUGGAAAAUUCCAAUUCAAGUCAGAGGGAAUAAUUAUACGUGCAUUUUUUCUUCUUUUUUGAUGAUGAUUGUGUUAAUUAUUCUUAUCAGUAUAGCCGAUGGAGUGGUUUCCCAAAUACGCUAUUCUGUUCCAGAGGAACAGGACCAUGGCACAUUUGUGGGAAAUAUUGCCGAGGAUCUUAGCUUGGACAUAACAAAACUUUCAUCUCGUAGAUUUCAGACUGUGCCAAGUUCGCGGACUCCUUAUUUGGAAGUGAAUUUGGAAAAUGGGGUGCUUUUUGUGAAUGAAAAAAUCGACAGAGAGCAGAUUUGCAAGCAGAGCGCAACCUGCCUCCUGCAUUUGGAAGUGUUUUUGGAAAACCCUUUGGAGCUUUUCCGUGUGGAGAUCGAAGUCGUGGAUAUUAAUGACAAUCCGCCCAGUUUCCCUGAAACUGACAUUACUGUCGAAAUUUCUGAAAGUGCCACUCCGGGAACGCGCUUCCCGCUGGAGACCGCAUUCGACCCCGACGUGGGCACCAAUGCGCUCCGCACCUACGAAAUCACCACUAACAACUAUUUUUACCUCGACGUGCAAACGCAGGGAGACGGGACGAAAUUUGCCGAGCUAGUGCUGGAAAAGCCGCUGGACAGGGAACAGCAGUCGGUGCACAGGUACGUACUAACAGCGGUCGAUGGUGGUCUUCCUCAAAGAACCGGUACUGCGCUGCUGGUGGUUAAAGUGCUGGAUUCCAACGAUAACGUUCCCGUUUUCGACCAGUCGGUGUACACGGUAAAUCUCCCCGAAAAUUCCCCGGUGGGCACCUUGGUAAUCCAGUUAAACGCCACCGACAUGGACGAAGGACAAAAUGGCGAGAUUGUAUAUUCUUUCAGCAACCACAAUGCCCCGAAAGUGAAGGAUCUUUUCAGCAUUGACGGGCGGACCGGUCGGAUUGAAGUCAGCGGAGAGGUGGACUUUGAGGAGAGCAGCAUGUUUCAGAUUUACGUGCAAGCGAAGGACCUUGGUCCCAACGCCGUGCCCGCUCACUGUAAAGUUCUGGUCAAAGUGAUCGAUGGGAACGAUAAUGCCCCGGAGAUCACUUUCAGUACCAUGACCGACUCAGUGAGCGAAAAGGCUGCGCCGGGCACCGUGAUCGCAUUGCUCAGUGUGACGGACAAAGAUUCUGGGGAUCACGGACAGAUACACUGCGAAAUUCUCGGAGACGUACCGUUCAAGCUGAAAUCAUCGUUCCGGAACUAUUACACCAUCGUUACGGAUGGAGCGCUAGACAGGGAGAGCGCUGACUCUUACACGUUAACGGUGGUGGCCAAAGACAACGGCAUCCCAUCGCUUGCCACAAGCAAGUCCAUUAAAGUGCAGGUGUCGGACGAGAAUGACAACGCGCCAGCAUUUACGCAGCCGGCAUUUGACGUCUAUGUGACAGAAAACAAUGUACCAGGGGCAUAUAUCUACGCAGUAAGUGCUUUGGAUCCGGACGUCGGGCAGAACGCGUUAAUUUCUUACUCCAUAGUGGAGUGCGACAUUCAGGGCAUGUCCGUGUUCACUUAUGUCUCCAUCAACUCCGAAAACGGCUACCUGUACGCGCUGAGGUCUUUCGACUAUGAACAGCUGAAGGACUUCAGCUUCAUGGUCCAGGCGAAGGAUUCGGGGAGCCCGGAAUUAACGUCCAACGCCACCGUGAACGUUAUAAUCGUGGAUCAAAACGACAACGCGCCCACGGUCAUCGCGCCGGUGGGAAAAAACGGCACGGCCAAGGAGCCACUGCCUCGCUCCGCAGAACCUGGAUAUUUAGUAACACGCAUAGUUGCCAUGGAUGCCGAUGAUGGAGAGAACGCUCGAUUGUCAUAUAGUAUCCAAAAAGGAAACGAGAACGGGAUGUUCCGCAUGGACUGGAGAACCGGAGAGCUGAGGACCGCCCGCCGGGUAUCCAGCAAAAGAGACCCUCACCAGCUUUAUGACUUGUUGAUCGAGGUGAGGGACCACGGGCAGCCGCCUCUGUCAUCCACGGCCAGCGUCAUCAUCAUGAUAGUGGACAGUAUAGUGGAGGGACACGGCGGGAACGGGGGCUCCGCCAAAGCGAAGGAGACCUCGCUGGACCUGACCCUGAUCCUCAUAAUCGCGCUGGGUUCCGUGUCUUUCAUCUUCUUGCUGGCCAUGAUUGUGCUGGCCGUGCGGUGUCAGAAGGACAAAAAGUUGAACAUUUACACGUGUCUGGCCAGCGACUGCUGCCUCUGUUGCGGCUCCUGCUGUAGCAGGCAGGCGAGAGCCAGAAAGAAAAAGCUUAGCAAGUCUGAUAUAAUGCUGGUGCAGAGCACUAAUGUCACCAGCACCGCGCAGGUCCCGGUCGAAGAAUCCGGGAGCUUCAACUCCCACCAUCAAAACCAGAACUAUUGCUACCAGGUAUGUCUUACACCGGAAUCUGCCAAAACUGAUCUAAUGUUCCUAAAGCCCCGUAGCCCUGCUAGGGGCGCAGACAGUGACCACAGCCCAUGUGGAGCCUUAGUGACAGGUUACACAGACCAACAGCCCGACAUCAUAUCUAACGGCAGCAUUUUAUCCAAUGAGAAUAAACACCAGAGGGCUGAACUUAGCUACCUUGUCGAUAGACCUCGGCGUGUUAACAGUUCUGCUUUUCAGGAAGCAGAUAUAGUCAGUUCUAAAGACAGUGGACACGGAGAUAGUGAACAAGGAGACAGUGAUCAUGACGCCACCAAUCGAGGUCACUCGUCUGGCGCUGAUCUCUUUUCAAACUGCACAGAGGAGUGCAAAGCCCUCGGGCACUCUGAUCGAUGCUGGAUGCCCUCCUUCGUGUCGUCCGACGGCCGUCAGGGGGCAGAUUACCGUAGCAAUCUGCACGUCCCGGGAAUGGACUCUGUGCCCGACACUGAGCACGGAAAAGGAUUUGCUAAUCCUUAUCGUGUGGACAUACCCGAGACUGCGUGAAUUUGCACAAAUAGUUGACCAACAAAAGCAUCAAGUUUUCAACUCCGUUACUGUAGCCAUCUAGUCAGACAUUGUGUUCGGAGCGCUCUGCCUUUGUGGACAGAGACAGGGAUGGCGGACUCUAGGACCACGCGUGAUCUCAGCAGGCCUGAGAAAUGAGCCGAAACAGAACUAUAUACAAAAAAAGAAAAAAAAAACAUAGAGGUGACGUUCACCUUUUGAUCUGUGUGUGCCUGUUUACAGCACUAUGUAUAUCUUCAAAUGUCACUGAGCCCUUUAGAUGUUUGUACUUACACCGAGAAGCCAAUUGUACAGGAAAUAUUUGUGCAUUAUAAAUGCAAUAUCACUGUUUUAGACUUGACUGUUUUAUAUUAUGUUUGUGUGGUCAGGUGUUCCAAAAUCUAGUCCAGCUUUAUAAGGAAGAUUGUGAUCAUGCUUUUCUUUAUGAUUAUUAUUAUUAUUAUUUUUUAUAAAGAUCUUUGUUUUUCCACUAAGUCGGUCAGGAAAGUGUUGGGCUACCAACAUAAUGAAUGACAUUCUCUAGUUUCUAUCAUGUGUUAAAGUGUUUACUGUACUAUUUUAAAGCUUCUAAAUAAAUAUAUAUCUAUAUACAUAAAUCUAUAUAUAUACUUUUCUGGAAGUGUGGUAUCUGUUGGUCAAUUUUUAUUAUUAUUUUUUUUUUAAUUCACCAUAGAAUUCCGUAAAAGGACAUUAAAUUCUAAAGAUGGCUUGUGAUGUUUCAGUCAGUUAAAAUAGGCCUUAUUUUCAGUCACACCAGGUUAUAUAUACAGUAUAUAUAUUUUUUUUUCUUUUUCACUUUCGAAUAUUGGGAUUCAUGUCUAGAAAUAAAAGGAGUUAAUACUUUAGAUUCAAAUUCAUGGUAAUUAAAUGUUAUUGUAACCAAAAAUGGUCAUUUAAGGAACAGAAGUAGUAUCAACGUUAUAAAUACAUCAGACAAACACACACAAAUACCGAGAGGUGAUUAAUAAACAGAUAAAUACAAA